AUGACAACGUCAACAGCAACAACAUCGACUACAACUACUGCUAUCUUGACUUCUGGCUCUACUCCUUCAUCGACCAUUGUUGCAUCUUCAUCGACUUUGAUGCCAACAUCAUCAUCAUCAUCAAAUAGCAACAGCAACAACGAUAAUCACCAUCAUUUCAACAACAACAACAGCAACAGCAACAGCAGUAUUAUAAAUAGUAAUAUGAAUGGAACUGGCAGUUCCACUGGUACAAGUAUAACCUCUAUUCUUUCACCUUGUCUGAUACAAUAUAUUAUCACAUUUCUCGAUUCGAAUGUCGAUCGUCUAUGUGUUGCCCUCUGUUGUCGCAAGUGCGAAGAUAUGGUAGGUGGAUUUGUCACCACCGCCAAACUGAGAACACUACUCACCUCACAACACCCUCUCACUCUUCACAAUCAACCGACAACAACUUCAACAACUUCAACUUCAUCUACUACACCCUCCUCUUCAAACACUCCACAGCAUCAAUCUGUCACCGCGAUGACAUCUCCAAGUGCAACAGGACUGAAUCCACUGCAGAACGUUGAGAAUCAAAUCAAAGAAUAUGUUGUUCUCAUUCAGCAGUAUCAAGCCAAUCAUCUCGCCAUUCCAAACAACAUUUCCACCCAGUACAAUAACUUGUUACAUCAAUAUAAAUUGAUUAUCCACCAACAACAGGUUAUUCAAUACCAACAGCAACAGCAACAAAUUCAACAACAGCAACAACAACAGCAGCAACAGCUACAACAGCAACAACAGCAGCAGCAACAGCUACAACAACAACAGUUGCAACAGCAGCAACUUCAGAAUCAAUCGCUUGCACAACAACCACAUUUACAAGCUCACUUUCAACCACAUCUUCAACAACACAUUCCACAACAACACACUUCUCAACAAACCACUCCACAAGCACAUAAUAUAAAUGAUCCAAAGCAACACCAUCAAAUUCAACAGAAUCAACAAGUUCAACAAGCACAACAAACAAUGAUUACUUCACCGACACAACUAUAUACACAACAGCAAAUAACCAACCAACAACAACCACCACUUCAAACAGUGCAACAAACAGUUCAACCACACGGCACCAACCCUCAACAAGCAAACAAUCUUUAUUAUUAUGAACAGAUGAGAGAGAAAUACAAUCAAUUACUAUAUCAAAUGCAUAGUAUACACCAACAGAUGCAACAACCUCAAACUCAAGCAGCCAUAAGCAUGCUGACCACUCAAUACCAACAGACACAAGAACAAGCCAACCAAAUUCAAAUCUUUUUAAAUUCUCCACAACAGCUUCACUAUCUCCAACAGUUGCAACUCCAACAACAGCAACAACAACAACAACAACAGCAGAUCUACCAACAACAACUUCAGCAUCAAGUUGUGCCUCCACAGCAAAUCAUGACUCUGCUACAGCCAACACAGCAAGCCGUCGGUCAACCCGGAUUGCAACCCAUUCAACCACCACCACCACCUGCCACCACUCCACAACCAACCACCACCACAUCGACAGGUGCCACACCAAAGGCAAGCAAAUCAAAGAAGACCAAAGACAAAGACAAAGACAAAGAAAAAGAAAAAGAUGGUGGAAAUAGCACCUCUCCAGACUCUCCAUUGAAAACUCCAAAGAAAUCGGCAGCCGGCCAAGCAAUGAAAAAGAAGAAACCAAAGGAAAAAACCAUUCAUUGGACAGCCGAAGAGCAUGCACUUUUUUUGGAAGCAUCAGAACAAUUUGGUUACAAAGCGUAUCACGAGAUUGCGCAGCACGUCAAAACAAGAACUCACCACCAAGUUCGUUCUCAUUCAAAUACCUAUUUGAAGAAUUUAAAGAAAAAAGAAGAUGCACUGCUUUCAAAUACUACUUCACCAAAUUCCGUUGGGAAUCCCGAUAUUCCUUUUUCAUCACCUUCCUCCACUCAAACACCAAGCUCACCUCCUUCAACUCCAGAUUGGUAA